AUGGGAAACUCAUUGCAACCUCAUGGACAUGUGGAGGCCAACAAGGCCAUUGACGUUCAAGCACAGGGUAAAGAGAUAACAUGCAUGAUUUGCAUCGAGCCCUUUUCUCGAGGCAAGCUUUUCAAAAAUAAUGACCGAUGUGUGCACCCUUUUUGCAUGGACUGCAUGGCCAAACACAUAGAAAUCCAGGUAGAGAACAACACAGGGAAUAUCCCAUGUCCUGCCUUGAACUGCAAGCAAUUGUUAGACCCUAUCUUUUGCAGGUCAAUCAUCUCCGAACAAUUGUUUGUUAAAUGGUGUGAUGCUCUUUGCAAUUCAGCAGUUUUAGAGAUACAAGACCGAUCAUAUUGCCCAUAUCAAACAUGCUCAGCUUUGGUUAUCAACGAGUGCAAAGGCAAGUCUGUGAAGAAAGUACAAUGCCCCAAUUGCAAGCAAUACUUCUGCUUCAAGUGCAAGACUUCAUGGCAUGCUGGGUAUAAGUGCAAAGAGAAUGGACAGCACAGGGAUAGGAAUGAUGUUUUGUUUGGAGAACUCGUGGAGAGAAAUAAGUGGCGGAGAUGCCAUAACUGUGGUCAUUGUGUUGAGCGUGUUGGAGGUUGCGAUACUAUUCACUGCAGGUUAUCUUGUUGGUCAGUUUAA